CUAGGCAGAGUGACGUGACCAAGCCCGCUGACAGCCGUCCGGGUCAGAGUUUGGGGGUUGGUUGUGAUCCGCUGGAAUCCUCGGUAUAGAAGCAACCCUUGGUUGUGAGAGCAGCGGGAGCACAGUGUGCACCCAACGCACCAUCCUCCCAACCCAUUCUGGAGAGACCCAAAGGCUGACGGAUUCUGCAAACCGAUGGUGAAAGGGCGGACAGGGGCGGAGGCUGAGCGCGGGCAGGAGGGGUGACCCCCGGAAUGGAGCUGAGAGUCGGUAACCGAUACAGGCUGGGACGCAAGAUUGGCAGCGGUUCUUUUGGGGACAUUUACUUAGGGACGGAUAUUGCUGCAGCUGAAGAAGUUGCUAUAAAACUAGAAUGUGUGAAAACGAAACACCCGCAGCUCCAUAUCGAGAGCAAGAUCUACAAAAUGAUGCAGGGAGGAGUGGGAAUUCCAACCAUAAAGUGGUGCGGUGCGGAAGGUGAUUAUAAUGUCAUGGUGAUGGAGUUGCUGGGACCAAGUCUAGAGGAUCUCUUCAAUUUUUGCUCCAGAAAAUUUAGUUUGAAGACGGUGCUGCUACUUGCUGACCAGAUGAUUAGUCGCAUUGAAUAUAUUCACUCCAAAAACUUUAUUCAUCGAGAUGUAAAACCUGACAAUUUUCUAAUGGGACUUGGUAAAAAAGGAAAUCUUGUCUACAUCAUUGACUUUGGCCUUGCAAAGAAAUAUCGUGAUGCUCGCACACACCAGCAUAUUCCCUACCGUGAAAACAAGAACUUGACCGGAACAGCCCGUUAUGCAUCAAUCAACACCCACCUUGGGAUAGAACAAUCUCGUCGAGAUGACUUGGAAUCUCUGGGUUAUGUCCUGAUGUAUUUCAACCUUGGGUCUCUCCCUUGGCAAGGGCUAAAAGCUGCCACCAAAAGGCAGAAAUAUGAACGUAUCAGUGAGAAGAAGAUGUCAACGCCAAUAGAGGUUCUGUGCAAAGGUUACCCAUCCGAGUUUGCUACUUAUCUUAAUUUCUGCCGUUCAUUGCGGUUUGAUGAUAAGCCAGACUAUUCCUACUUGAGGCAGCUAUUCAGAAAUUUAUUCCACCGGCAGGGCUUCUCCUAUGACUACGUGUUUGACUGGAACAUGCUAAAGUUUGUGAGUACAUUUAUAGGAAUAUUUGUAUUAAAUAUUAUGGAGAUGGAUCAAGACUCCCUUGUGACAAAUGUUUAUUAUGCUUAG